CCUCAUAAGCAGGAACAAAAGAGUCCGAGUCACCACUUUGCUGACCAUUGCUGCUUACUGCUGGCGGAGGCGAGACCUGUAGAACAUUCUUAAAGAAAGGAGAUUAUGAGAUUUCAGAACUACAGUUCAUGGCAAAGUUUGAAUAGCUCUUUAGUAUUACGCUGGGUUGCCGCUGGUUUAACCCCUUGCGUCUCACAGUGGUACUGAGGGAAAGACCGUCCACUAUCCAGAUGGCAUGACAGGAACAGGGGAACUUGUCAAAAGACUACUAGAAAUAUUAUUAUGUUAUAACGUAAUAGAUUGCGUAGCUAUUCCGUUAUUCAGGCUGCUGAUGCAGUACAGAAAGGGUUAAGGUAUUACAAAUGAGCGAGUCAGGCUUAAAAGCAGAGGUAAAGGAUUUCGGAAUUAAUUUGGAAAUACUUUCCUGACCAGGACGGACCUGGCAUACGUCUAUACAGCCAUUUUAUUGGAAUUGCCAGGUUGUGCGACAAAGAACUCAGUUUUAAGAUGCCGUCCUAUGCUGUUCUACACCGCUUCUACCAAAGCCUGACCAGAACAAAGAAAGUGUCCUUAGAGGGAACGGCAGGAUCUGAGCUGUGCCGCUGCUUGUCGUUGCUGGACCUGGUGGCACUGGGUGUAGGAAGCACCCUCGGGGCUGGAGUGUAUGUCCUGGCAGGAGAGGUGGCUAAGGUGGUCUCCGGUCCAAGCAUCAUCCUGUCCUUCCUGAUUGCUGCUCUGGCCUCUAUGCUGGCUGGACUGUGCUAUGCUGAGUUUGGGGCCCGGGUCCCACUGACAGGAUCUGCCUACUUAUACAGCUAUGUAACUGUUGGGGAGUUCUGGGCCUUUGUCACUGGGUGGAACCUGAUGCUUUCCUACAUAAUAGGCACCUCCAGUGUUGCCCGGGCAUGGAGCGCUACUUUUGAUGAGCUGGUGGGAAAGGAAAUUGGAAGUUUUUUCAGAAGAACAAUGCCCAUGGAUAUGCCAGGGCUCUCGGAAUAUCCUGAUAUCUUUGCAGUGUGUCUCAUCCUCCUACUUGCAGGCCUUCUCUCCUUUGGUGUGAAAGAAUCAACCACAGUGAAUAAAGUCUUCACAACCAUCAACAUAAUAGUCCUGGUGUUUGUUAUAGUCAGCGGCUUUGUAAAGGGUGACCUCAGAAACUGGGAGAUCACAGAGGAAGAGAUAAGUGACGCCAUACGGCGCAUAAGUAAUCAUUCUGCAGGUGGCAACAUAACUGGCACCUUCGGAGUUGGCGGAUUCAUGCCGUUUGGUUUUAGCGGCACUAUUGCGGGAGCCGCAACGUGCUUUUAUGCCUUUGUUGGAUUUGACUGCAUUGCCACCACAGGGGAGGAGGUGAAGAACCCGCAGCGAGCGAUACCACUGGGAAUCGUUGUGUCCCUCACCAUCUGUUUUCUGGCAUAUUUCGGAGUUUCGGCUGCUCUGACGCUCAUGAUGCCCUAUUACCUCCUGGGUUCCGAGAGUCCGCUGCCGGCCGCCUUUGAAUAUGUUGGGUGGAGUGUGGCCAAAUUCAUUGUGGCAGUCGGGUCCCUCUGUGCCUUGACCACAAGCCUCCUGGGAGCCAUGUUCCCCAUGCCACGGAUCCUCUUCGCCAUGGCCAGAGAUGGGUUACUCUUCCGACCACUGUCUCGGCUCAGCAGCCGGCAUAGUCCAGUCAUUGCCACCAUGGCUUCGGGCGUAGUGGCAGCUAUCAUGGCGUUCCUAUUUGAUCUGAAAGCCUUGGUUGAUCUGAUGUCAAUUGGAACCCUGCUAGCCUACACCUUGGUGUCUGCUUGCGUCCUGCUACUGAGGUACAAGUUAGAGACAGAAACUGUACAAACAAGCAACGGAGAAAUCCAUGACCAUUAUGAUAUCGGUGUACGGAAGCCACCAGUUCCCAGUCCGGCACGCUCCUCGAUACUAGUGGCACGGGGUGUGAUGACAUUAACCGUCCUGGUCUGCAUAGCGAGCGUGGUGUCUACAGCAGGAUCACGGUAUGUGUUAUCCGGCUCAUUUUGGUGUGUUACUCCGCUUGUCCUUUCUCUCUUUGGAAUAGCGGCGAUCACCAUCUUCAUCUGGAGACAGCCACAAAAUCAGAGUAAAGCCGCAUUCAUGGUCCCAUGUCUGCCAUUUCUACCAGUCCUUAGCAUCCUAGUUAAUAUUUACCUGAUGGCUCAGUUGAGUCUGGACACAUGGCUCCGUUAUGCCAUCUGGAUGGUACUUGGCUUCAUUAUAUAUUUUGGCUACGGCAUCCGCCACAGUGCAGAGAGGUUGAACAAGCAGAUUACGGUGAGCCAGGAACUGGGAGCCACUGCUGAGGAUAUGGGAUCCAAAUCACAGUUCUUUGAUAUUCAACUUGGUCAAUAAAUUACUAUAAAAACCUCGCUGACCAAACACUUUCUUAUAAAUAAAAUAAUUUUAUCUGUAACUUA